AUGUCACAACAGCAACUCAGCCGCAAAUCUAUCGGGAUGCUUGCUUCAUUUCUUUUUUAUGGAAUAGCAUUUUUGAAAUUCCACUAUGCUGUAGUCCAAGAACGAAUCCGAGGACGGCAUUGUCUUUCCAAAAACAUCAGUUCACUAUACUCGUUAGCGCUUCACAGGUUAAAGUUUCUCAAAUGCAAUCAAAGCCAAUUUUCCUAUUCUCAUGUGUUAUUUCUGAUCCUUUUCGGUUUGUUUGGAAGUUAUGAUGCUGAUACGUUGCCGGAUGGCUCAGAAGAUGAUAUUUACACAGCGCGUUUGUAUCCAAUGUUCCAAGAUACUCAUCGUUAUGGCUUUUCGGCUCUAUCAAUAAACUUAUUAUUGUCAGUCUUCACCAUCGAGUGGGGAAUGAUUGUGCAAGGAUUUUUGAGUCAUGAAUUCUCAGAGACGGGGAAGUUUACAAUCGGCUUAGAAGAGCUUUUGACAGCCGAUUUCACAGCCGCAGUCAUCCUAAUAACAAUGGGUGCCAUGCUUGGCAAACUUUCUCCAACCCAAUACGUCGUAAUGGCAUUUAUUGAGACUGCCGUUACGUUAUUUGUCGAGCAUCACGUUAUCCACACCUUCCAUGUGAAUGAUGUUGGCGAUUCCAUGGUUGUUCACGCAUUCGGUGCUUAUUUUGGCUUGGCCUGUUCCAAAGUGUUCGGGACAAAAAGCCAGAGAGAACACGAAAACGAAGGAUCAAUCUAUCAUUCGGAUAUCUUCGCUGAAAUUGGAGCUAUUUUCCUCUGGGUAUUCUGGCCUUCAUUCAACGCUGCAGCUGCUUCCCCAACUGAUGCCCGUCAAAGAGCUGUUUGUAAUACAUUCCUCUCACUUUGUGCCUGUACC